CCCGAGCCCAGUACGGGGUGCACGGAGCAGCCUCCGCCCCAACCACGCUUUGCCUUUGCUCGUCAAGGUGCCAGUGCAUCCUCCACUUCAAGUGCAUCAGCAGGCCUACCCCCAAGGGCCACACAGUCAAAAUCAUAUCAGAGAUCUGUGUUCAUGGCUGAGCUUGUCAACGGCAGGUUGCAACCCAACAGAAUGCUGGUGAUCAGAUUCCUGGAGGGGGAUGCCACAGUUCAGGGCAUUCUUGCCAAAGUGCAAGAUGCCCUAGGGGCCUAUGACCCCCUGAUCCUGACUGAUGGGCAGGGAAAUGAAAUACUGGACUCAGAGGGAACCAGAGGCUCCAUAUACUGGAAGCAAAAUGCGAGAAAAAUUCUUGCCCUUCCGGAGAUGCACUUCGCUGAACUAAAAUCAGGGAAAAGAAGGAAAUCAAGCCGAAAUGAUGAUGCAAUGGGCCUCCAAGAGGCGUAUGAAAAAAUUGAAGAGGUGGUUAUGGCGGCCCAGUCCCUCACAGAUGUGACCGAUGCUAUCAAAAAACUCUCCAAGCUGGCCAUCGAAUCCAGAAGUACACAUAUCUUGACUGAGGAACAAGCUGAAGAUAUCAGAGCCGCAUUCAGCUGCUGUGUGUGUAAAGGGCCAGUGAUGGACCCAAUGCUGGCAACUUGCUGCAGGGCAAUCCUUGGAUGCAAAACCUGCAUCACACGGUCACGGCACACAAGUAACGAAUGCGUAAGAUGUAGGGCAGACAACCUAGCCUUGAAUUUGGUGGAGGUGUCUGGGCUUUCUGAGGCCCUGAAUGCCUUAGAAGUAAUUAUUAAGGUGGACUAAACACCUUAUAUGUUAUCUGCCAAUGUUCAUUUGUAA